GAGUCGUUUAUUAUUUAAUUUGACACACUGUCCGAUGCGUACAUUCAAACAUACAGGACAGUUAAGCUAAGAUGUUAAACAUAAAUAAAUAAAUAAAAAAUGGUACAAACUGAACUGAAAGUCGCUGUUAGUUGUGAAAAAAUAAACGCGAUUAAAAACUACACACACAAACACACACGCGCACCCUCCUCCCCCUCUGUAAACCUGUUCUGGAGGGAGUGACUUGAUCCAGGCGGCGUCCAAUUAUAUGGAAGCAGCACUUAUUCCACUUUAUUCCAGGCUACAGUUAAGUGGCUUCAAGCCUUCAGAGACACACAGACUUGUAGUAUAAAGACAGAGCGGCGGAAAGACUGUGGGCUACCCAUGUGACAUGUGCACGGAGAGCUACAGACAAAGGUAGAAAUAUCUACAACACCAAGUGAGGCGUCUGGCAGCGUGGAGAUGAGACAGAGGAUGCUCCAAAUCAAAUCCAUGAGGGGCUUUUUUUCUCGUCUGGAAAUUCACGGCUUCAUAUAAAUGAUUCAUGAGAGCCCGCUUUUUUAUUUCUAAGGGAGUGAGAGCGAUUUUGCAGUGAGUUUCAGCUGAAGCUCCCGAUCUGCAGAAAGACGCGAGUAAAAGCUGGGAUCAGAGCUUUGGGGGGAGAUUCGAAAGUCAUUUAAUUUGGGGGGUAGUUUGAUAAGCGUUCUUUUUAACCUGCACCGGACCUCAUCUGUCACAGGGAUCAACUGUUGCUGCAGCCGGAGCGAGAACACAGACAUUCUCCAAGUGUGUCUGGCUUUCAUAAUGGGUGUUUGACCGGCUGUGUCCUGCAUGCAGCCACACAGCCGGUGUUGUGCAAUUAACAUGGAAGAGAGACUGAUACUGUUGUUGAUGCCUCGGAUACACCUUCAUCUGUCCUGAUGUGAUGCCACAUUGUUGCACUGAGGAGAAUGAUAAUAUCCCACAUCGCUGCCGGCUUUUUUCAUACUGGCUGAUCAUCACUGUGUGUGAAACAAUACAAUUCGAUUCUUUUUUUUCUUUGUACAAGGGGCCAGUUUGGGCAUUUUAACUCACUGGCAGGCGUCCAAAUUUGACAAGCUUUUUGUUAUAGUGACCUUGUCCGGUUUUGACUUCUAUUCAACGAGAAAUCACCAUGCUGAUGAUGAUGGAGAACAGUGGCAUGGAUGCGCAUCAGGUUGAUAUCGAUUCGGAAUUUGAGCCUCACAGCCGGUCGAGGUCGUGCACCUGGCCGCUGCCGUGUCCGGAAGAUUUCCCCGGGGGAGACGAGGCGAGUCGGGGUCUGGCCCUGGCAUCGGUCAAAGUGGAGCAGUACAACGUGCCCGCAUGCCGGGCCGAGAGAAAAGGCGGCGCGCCGGCGGAGAUCAAGCAUCCAGCCGGUGCCCCGGCCCCAGUCGUGGCCGCUCCUGCCUGCAUGUCCGGGGCUGCUCUCGACGUGGCCGGCCAGCUGCGCAAGGCAAAGUCCUCCCGGCGGAACGCGUGGGGAAACCUGUCGUAUGCAGAUCUCAUCACCCGUGCCAUCGAGAGCGCUCCGGAGAAGAGGCUCACCCUGUCCCAGAUAUAUGACUGGAUGGUUCGCUUUGUUCCAUAUUUCAAGGAUAAAGGCGACAGCAACAGUUCAGCCGGAUGGAAGAACUCGAUCAGACACAACCUGUCCCUGCACAGUCGCUUCAUCCGGGUGCAAAAUGAGGGGACUGGAAAGAGCUCCUGGUGGAUGCUCAACCCAGAAGGAGGCAAGAUGGGUAAGGGACCCAGACGACGUGCGGCUUCAAUCGAUAAUGGAGGCCGCUACUUGAAGACGAAGGGUCGCAUCAGCCGGAAGAGGACAGGAGCCAUAGGCCUUGGACGAGUACAAGGUCAGGGAGCGGGAUCAGCAAUGCAGGGAUCUCCAGAGCAUGGCAGCCCAGCAGGCAAGGGAGGUGUGGGCAUGGGUGGUGAGGAGUAUGACACCUGGACAGACAUCCAUUCCCGCACCUCAUCCUCAGCCUCUACACUGAGUGGCUGCCUGUCGCCCAUCCUAGCUGAGGCAGAGGCUGAUGAACCAGAGGAGGCUGGACUCUCCUGUUCAGCUUCACCACGACUGUACCCCAGUCCCAGCAGUACCCGCUCCCCUGCCUUGGGCACUGGUGGUCACUGCCCCACUGUGGAGCUGCCUCAGCUAACCGACCUGACUGGGGCUAUAAGUCUAGAUGAGACUGGCUAUCCCCAGCCACCACAAAUCAAAUGCAAUGGUUAUCCCUAUGUGCCUGGGCCAAAGGCAGAGGGUUCCUACUGUGGACCCAUGUAUGGACAGCCUCCCAUGGGAAUGCUCCGCCACCAUGCUCCCAUGGAGACCAUCCAGGAGAACAAGCCAGUCAGCUUUCAGCGCCCACUGAGGGGCUACUCAGAAAACAACGCCCUGCAGAGUCUGCUUACCGGAGGUCCUGCAUACUGCAACAAAGACACAGUGCUAGGCCAGAGACCGGAAACACACACACUAAUGACACAGGGAACCAAUGGUAUUCACAGCCAGCACAGCCACAAUCAAAAUCGCAGUCACAAUCAUAACCACAAUCACAGCCAAGAGCACGCUCACAAUCCCAACCUACACAAUGGUCAUGGUUCAGUCCAUGACCAGAACACAACCCAUCAGAACCACAAUCAGAGUCACAAACACCAAGCCAGCCUCGACUACAGCCACAAGCCCCAUCCUGCCCAUGACUAUGGUCCAAGUCAUGAGCACAGUCACAGAAAUAAAGUAAAUCCCAGUCAUGAUCACAACCCACACUCCAGUCAGAGUCAAAUGCACAACCCUCAUAACCCUAUGCACAGCGGGCCUCACCAUCAGGCUCUAUCUCCACGGGUGAGCACUGACAUUCUGCAGCCCUAUAGUCUCAAGACCUCUAACCACUAUGGGCCCCGCCCCCACCUCCCAACAUCCCCUUCCCUGCCGCCCAACCCUGCUGGCGUUAUGGACGUUCCCCAGGACCCCUGCCGCCUGGCAUCCGCACCUCGGCACCAGCCUUACCCUGGAGCUCACCAUCAGAGUAUGGCUGACUCCUGGCAUGGCUACUACCACAACAACCACCAUCCAGGGAAUGCUGGUUAUCAGGGCCAACAGCACAGCUCCCACAGUAGAAUGGUUGCCAACUUGGAGAUGGAUAAUGUAUCUAAUAGUCUGGACUGUGAUGUGGACUCCAUCUUACUCAAUGACUUUAUGGACACAGAGAGCAUGGACUUCAACUUUGAUGGCUCUCUCUCCCAAGGAGUGGGAAUGGGAAUGGGGAUGAGUUUAGGGGCUUUUGCUUGCCCUCCACCGGCACAUAGCAACCAGAGCUGGGUGCCAGGGUGAACUCAGGCCUAAGAGUUUGGAGUGACAAACAAAGCUCAACCACUGGGCUUGACUGCUGUGGGCUGUACCCUUGAACUGAUUGACUGUGAUUCUUUUUCUUGAAGACAAUACAUAUGGUCAUUUACUUUCCUGGGAACACCCUACACUCCCACAUUGUACUCUUUCUUGCUCUCUUCCACCUUAUUUAUAAAAUCUUCUCUCCCCAUGUUGAAUCUGCCACCAACCAGCCCAGUGCUAAACCCCCUUCUACUCAUUUGUUUUUAGUUUUGCUUUUUUUUUUUUUUUUUUUUAAUGCUCUCCUCCCAAUCUCAUCAUGCCCGUCCUAAGCUCUCAAGCACUUUACAUCCAUCUCUUCAUACAGAUGCAGUAACACAAAGACCAGGCAAAGUCAUGUUGUGUGUUGGCUUAAGUUUAAUGUAUGCAAUCCACUUUACAGUAUUAUCUCUCUCUGCGAAGGAGGUGUUGUUCUUGACUUGAGAACAUGAUCAAACAGCUGCAUAAAUAUCCUCCAACGUGUAGAGGUGCUCUCAGAUUGGGGGUUAAAAGGCAGGAGGGGCUUUGAGGUUCAAGGAUGAAGAAGAAAUUAAGGUUUUUAGAAGAAGAGGGAAUAAAAACUAAAGCUAUUGUGAUUCGUCCUCUCGCUGGUCGACGGUGGUGUUUCCUGUUCAGUUCAGUGAAGAAGGACAGUCAUCCAUCAGGCAAACAUCAACAACACUCCAUUGAAAUGCAACAUCCCUUCUUUAAUCUCCAAAGUAAUGCCAGAGUGAUGCAUCGCUAUUGCAAAUCUAAUGCGCCACUCAGCCUGUAUGUUUUUUCUCACACACACACGCACACUUCAACUCCGGACACACCGGCUUAAUGUGUUUUGGCGAAAGUGAUGAUUAAAGUCACUCUGCACUAAAUGGGGGAAGGAUUGAAAGGGGUGGUGUUGGGGGAGCAUAGAGGGGAGAUGAUAGGAGAGGAGAAAUGCAAAUAUUCCCUCUGUGCCUCUUCCUCUCCAUUUUGUGGAUUUAUGUAGCUUUCCCCGUAAUGAAAUAAGCAACGAUCAGAGCCUGGUGUACAUCCUGAGGAGCUCUCCCAUUGGCCUUCACUGGGCUGCCUCUGCGUAGCACCUUCACCAGCUGACCCCAGAACAGCUUAGCGAGCAACUGCGGUCAGGCCAGGAUGUUGAUGGAGUUGCUGUCCUCAGACCCCAUGCAACCUUGUCUAAUUCACUAACACACAGGUUCAGCCCCACUAUGCGCUUUUACUCCUGCGUAUUGCUCGCUGAUGAACAGCGUCAGCAGAUUACUAUUUGGUGCUAUCUCCAGUUUCCAGACUGCCUCCUAUCGCGCCGCCCCAUCCCGAGGUUACUCAGAGGGUAAACAAGAGUAAUUAACCGCCAAACAAGAUGGAUGAUUUAUGCAAGUGCGUGUAUUCGCUCAUUGGCACAAAGUCAUAAUUCUUCCCCACCACCAAGCACAAGGAGGGUGAUUUUUUGAGAGGUGGUGCCCAGCAACAAAGUAAGGCAGCUGGCAAGUGGCGUGCUUACAGUGUCCUUCAAGCAUCCUCUUUACAAGCGUUCUUGCCCCGUCCUGGCCACAGCUUUACUUUGCUGUCGUCUUUUCUUGUGCUCGUUCAGUGGUUGUGCAGUCGUCCGUCCUGUUUCAAUGCAGCGUGGAUUGGAGCUUUCGUGUGCGUUUUAUUUUAUUCGCUCGUUGCAGAAAUACAGGGGUUACUUUAAACCCCUCAUUCUGGCACCUGUCCUUCACAAGACAGACAGAGGUAGGAAGGUAGGUAGGUAGGAAGGAAGGAAGGAAGGAAGAAAGAUAGAUAGAUGAAGAGGAAUACCGAACUGGAAGGAUGGAGCUAAAUGAGUAGGCAGGAUCUGUGAGAUUGUUAGAGAUUUUCCAGCUCGGUAGCUUUCUGUAGAAUUGGCCGUUUCAAUCAGGCCAAAUGUCAAGUGCUACUCAGCCAGCUCUUGUGAGCUUUGACCAGAAAGACACUUUUCCCUACUGAUCAAGGACAAUGACGGGUAUUUCCAUAUACAUUUUUGUUUGAUUUCUUCUUUUCUUGAGUUAAGAUGGCCCAUUGUUGUAACCCAGCUGUAAUUUGUUCUCUGGCCUGUGUGCACAUGUGUGUCAAGCUUCUUGUGUGUGUGUGUGUGUGUGUGUGUGUGUGUUUGUAUGGGUGUGUGUGUGAUGUACAAGAACUAAUUAAGAAAAUAUUGUUGAGAACCACCUUGCCCUGGUAUUGUCCAUUUCUGGCCGAGUGCAGCAUACAUAAUAUAUACAGUUUAUAUUUAUUGGUUAGGGAGAUGGGUCUAUGGAGGGCCACUCAGACCCCACACUGCCACAUUGUCCUUUUGAUGACAAAGGGGCAGAAUGCGAUUUCAGUUUGACUACAUUUCAUUCUGUACAUAAUCUAUAUUGAGAUAAUUGUAUUAUAAUUUUUUUGCAAAUAUCUUUUUUUUUCUAAAAGGAUGUAUCUGCUCAUCUGGUGACCGUAAAAUAAAAACAAUAAAAACAA